AACAGCGUUCAAACGCGUUUUUUCGAACGCAAACGAGUACAUGGGUGGCAGCGUGGUGAACAAGGUAUCUUUUGCAUUCUCAAAAAGUUCGAAAGAUUUUUAUUUACACAGGUUUAAUGGAAUUAUCGAACGAGUUUUAAUCUUCAUAUUGUGAAAUAUUCAUACUUAAUUUUUUUGAAAAUGACAUUUUCUAAUUAUUAUUAUUAUACUUUCAUCUUCGUUUCUAAGCCAUUUGUAUCUUUCAACGUUAGUAUAGUUGAGGGAGCAAAAAAAAGACGAAAAACGGCAUUAAAGUUACUGUUUGCGUAUUCUGUCAUCUUCUAAGAUUGUAUUCCGUUUUCUUUCUCAACCAUCUAUGAGCUAUAAACGCAGUUGACUUUUCUACCCAAAAAGUCUUACGACUGCGCUUCCCUUGAGAGAUUUUUAGAUACUCUACUGUGUCUCAUGUAACUGUAGUUUCGUGCAAGGGAGUAGAAACAUACUAUUGUUCACUUUAUGCUAAGAUGUCUUAGACGCACAAUGCUAGUUGAGAUUAAAUCCGACAUUACAUGAAAAUAAUGUCAAAAUUCUAAUUUUGCCUGAUCAUUUUAGUCAGAAUUAGAAUUUCAUUUUGUCUAGAGAUCUUUCAGUCAAAUUUUAAAUUUGCCUAGUCAAAAUUAGAAUUUUAAUUUUGCCUAGGCAGAUUUUAAAUUUGAGUGAAUUUUAAGUUUGCCUACAACAUUUAGAUACAUAUCAAACAUAGUUGAUAGCACAUGUUUUAACGUGUACACACACUAUUUAUAAUAUGAAUAACAAAACAAAAUAGAAAAGAAAAGAAAAUGACUAUUUUUCGUAGUUCUGUCAUAGUUUUUAAUAAAAUACCUUGUAAAAUUAUAUUUUCAUUUUCUUUCUCUUCUUUAAAUUAAAAAAUUAGUUGAUUUUUUUUCGUUCUAUGUAAACAUCAUUGAAAUAAAUCGGUGACUAUACAAACAAGUUACGUGCCUUCUAACACAUAUUAAUCUUUCUUUUUGUUGUGAAUAAACACAGGAAACACAUUACGACGAACUAUACGACAUUUGAGCAAAAACCUUGGAUAAAAUACAAGUUUUAUUUUUGAAGCCUAAAUCUCAUCAUGUGAAUUCGAUUCACAUUUUUUACUAUCACGAUACACUUUUUUAGUUUUUUUUUUUUUCGAUUAGUUAAAUCAAUAAAUAUGGGGGCAAGUUGUACUAAAGCUGUACAAGAGACUCAUACAAGAGACAAACCAAAACUCAUUUAUCCUCGCAUAAAAUCAAAACCAUCUACAUUAGAAACAGUUCAUGAAACUCAAUCUAUCCAAAUGUCAGAAGCAGAAUUGCCACAUGGAAUAAACGAACCAGUGCAGCUAUCAGAAUCAAUAAAAAGUUCAGAUCAAAACUUAGAGAUAGAAAAUCUUGAAGUAUUUUCUCUUGUAUGGUGCGAUAGCGAUGUUGACAGAAUUGCCGAAUAUCGUCAAACUCAAAUGGAACUGCGUCGUUCAAUUAAUUUUCUAAAAACAUUCGAUAACAUUGAAGAAUGUGAAGGAUAUAUUGUUCAGAAUACACCAGAAUCAGAAGAAAUUAUCUUGAUUGUCUCGGAUGCUAUCGGUAAAACCCUAGUGCCACGCAUACACGCUUUGAAACAAGUCAAUUCCAUUUAUGUUUAUUCCAAGGACCGAGAAAAGAACGAACAACAAUGGAUAGAAGGAUAUAACAAGAUAAGAGGUGUACCAAUGAAAUCAGAUGAUUUAGUGGCAGCUAUAUCCAAAGAUCAAAGAAAACGUGAACAAAUACAAGACUCAAUCAUAUUACCCGUAAAUUUCUUUAAUCCAAAUGUACAGCAAACACACAAAAAUCUUUCAUCCGAAAAUGGCGAUUUUAUGUGGUUUCAGUUAUGUAUUGAAGCUUUGUUGAGAAUGAAAACUGAAGACAUUGAUUCAUCCAAGGCGGAACUAGUUAAACUAUGUAAAGAACAAUAUCAAGAUAAUAAAAGUGAAUUGAAAAUUCUCGACGAGCUAACAACAGAAUAUGAAUCAUCUCGAUCGUUAUGGUGGUACACAAGAGAAUCAUUUUUAUAUCGUUUAUUAAAUAAAGCUCUUCGUCAACAAGAUAUCAAUAUGCUAUAUACAUUGCGAUUUUUUAUUCAUGAUCUACAUCAGCAAUUAUUAUUAGAGCAGAAACGUUUUACAGAAUCUCUAAUACACGUCUAUCGAGGGCAAGCAAUGUCGGUUGACGAACUUGAACAUAUGAAAUCAAGUCAACAACAAAUUGUUUCAAUGAACAGUUUUCUUUCGACAAGCAAAAAUCGAAAAACUGCCUUGAGUUUUGCUCAGUGUAUCUCUGUUAGUGAUGAAACGAAACGAUCGGUUCUGUUUGAAAUUGAAGCUGAUACACGUUUAAAAGACGCAAAGCCGUUUGCUGAUAUCACACAUGUAAGCUACUAUGGUUCAAGAGAAGAAGAGGUAUUAUUUAUGCUUGGCUCUAUGUUUCGUAUAACAGAUGUGAUAUUAGAUGAUCAUGUUUGGAAUAUAAAAUUAGUCUUGUGUAGUGAACAAGAUAAUCAGUUAAAAGACGUUUUCAUGUCAAUGAAACAAGAUAUCCCAGAUGAAACCACUAUACUAUCACUUGGGAACAUCUUAUGUCAAAUGGGUGAUUAUGACAAGGCUGAGCAAUAUCUUCAACGUUUAUUAAACUCAUUGUCUCAAGAUGAUCCAAAUAUUGCACGAUGUCUGCAUAAUUUGGGUAAUGUUAAUAUUGAAAAAGGUCAAUUUAAUAAAGCAUUAGAGUAUUUUAGAAAAGUACUUCAACUGGAAUUGAAAAGGUCGUCUUCAAGUGAUCAAUCUUUGAUUGCAAGUAGUUAUAAUUGGAUUGGUGUUAUAUAUGAACAAUUACAAGAUUUUGAUCAGGCACUUGAGAACUACCAUAAAUCACUUAAAACUACUGAUUAUGACACGCUUCCUGCAGCAAAUGUUUAUGGUAAUCUGGGUAAUGUCUAUUGGAGACAAAAUCAAUAUGAUUUAGCACUAGAGAACCAUUAUGCAUGUUUAGAAAUUGAAAGGAAAUUAUUACCUCAAUCGCAUCUAAAUAUUGCAGCAACAUUGAAUAAUAUUGGAAAUGUCUAUGGUGACAAGCAAGAAUAUGAUAAAGCUUUGGAACACCAUCAACAAGCACUGAAAAUACGAUUGCAGGCGCUACCGGUUAAUCAUGUUUUAAUCGGUUCAACGUACGAAAAUAUCGGUGAAACCUGUGGAAAUAUUGGUCAGAAUGAACUAGCAUUAGAAAACUAUCAGCAUGCGGAAAAAAUUUAUCAGACAGCACUUCCAGCUACUCAUCCCAAUAACGCGCGAAUUAAACACAAGAUUGAAGUAGCCAGUUUGGAAAAACUAAAGUGA